AUGACCGCAGACCAGCGUUUUUUACCCUCUAUUUUCCCCUUUUUAACAUCUAGAUCGAUCCCUCCCCAACCUUCCACCAGCAGCACCUUCCAAGAAGCCCUCCCGCCGCCGUUCCUCCAGGCGCAAGGGCUGGGCGGCAGUGACGUCAUCCUGGGCGGCGGUGUUUGUCGUGGCCCUGGGCCUGCUGACGUGGACGCUGUACCUAUCUUGCCACGUGUCAGCUCAUGGCAGCAAUCGGUGGGAGGAAGCAAGGAGGGACGCAAGGAGGAGGAGGGGGAGCAAGCAGACAGAGAAGCAGUGCGUGUGGGGGAGGGUGGGGGCAUGGGGCAAAGGCAAGGGGUUUUCGAGGAGAAAGGGAUGGAGGAUGGGGAAGAGAGAGGGGACAAUGGGAUUGAUGGGAGGGUGGAGAAAGAAGAGGGGCAGUGGCGGCAGGGGGAGGAGGGGCAGGAUAAUGGGAAACAGCAAGGGCAUGGAGAUGGAAGGAUAUAUGGGGAAGGAGGAGGAGAGGGUAAGAGAAACGGGUCAGCCUUGGAGCAGGGAAAGGGGGAAAGGGAAGGGGUGAUGGGGAAGUUGGAAGAACAGAAGAAGGCACUGCAGCGACAGUCAGCAGAGGUGCAAUCGUGGGAGGAGGAGGUGAUUAAGAGGGUAGGGGCAGUUGAGAAGAGGGAGUGGGAUGUUGCGAGGAGGGCGAAAGAGAUUGAUGCAAUGGGCAAUGUUGAGACAGUGGUGCACACUGAGACUCUAAGAGCAGCCUACUCCCGCACGCCUUUAACGAGACUGCAGCAUUCCUGCACCUCCCACCCGGCUCCGUUGAAACUGCCUGUGACGCUCACACUCACCCUCUUUUUACUACUCUCUUUCCUUACCAUCCCCCCCUCCCCUCCCACCAUCUCCCAACCUCCCAGCCUCCACCCUCACGCCUUCAACGCGACUGCAGCAUUCCUGCACCUCCCACCCGGGUCCAUCGAAACACCACCAGCAGCAGCAGCAGCACCAGCAGCAGCUGAGCCAGCAGGAUCACAGGCAGCAGCAGCAGCAGCGCCCAAGGCUCUGAAACCCCCCAAGCAGUUUGUGCGCGAGGCAGUGGCAGGGCCGCUGGUGAUAGCGGGCAUGGUGUAUAACCGCGUGUUCGAUGGGGAUUACACGCGCUUCUGGGCUCUACACGUGUGGCAGUGGUUGGAGUAUCAUCGAUAUGCGGGAGUGACUCGGUUCUACUGGUACGACGAGGCCAGGAGCGAUGAGGAGGACCAGGACGUGGUGCUCGCUCCCUACAUCGAUGCCGGCCUGGUGGUAUACCACCGCGUGCGCGAGCUGCCAUUCGUGGAGGGCAACUUCACAGCGUACCUGGAGAGGGUGUUUCGUUGCAAGCAGGGGGCUGCUUACAACCACUGGGUGCAGCACUAUGCAUCGGAGGUGCACUGGGCUUUCCACACCGAUAUCGACGAGUAUUUCUUUACCCCGUGCGGCACGCCGCCCGGCUUUCUUCGUCACUACCUGCAGACACUGCCAAAUACGACAGUACAGGUCCUGAUUCAGAACAUGUUUUUCAUCGGCGACCCAUUAGGCUCUGACACUCACACUCUACUAGAGCGCUACACCCUACGCAUGCCCGACUCCUCUGGGCGCCACCGCACCAAACCCAUUGCAUGGCUGCCCCUCGCCGCGCACCUCAUGGACGACUGUAUCAACCCCCACGAGUGGGCUGUGAUGGAGAACGGGCCGCCGCCAUUGGUCGAUAUGGAAAAGAUGAGGCUGAAUCACUACUGGGGGGACCGCGCCGGGGUGAUUUCGGACAAUACCCCGGUUUACACGAUGGAUGUUACGAUGAUGGACGAGUAUGGGGACGGGCUCGUGAAGGAUGAGUCAGCAAAGCCCAUGGGAGUGUGGCUGCGGCAGCGCAUGCAGGUGGCAUGGGCGGUCAUAUCGGCACAAGCGGUUCACAAGGAGAGGGAGCGGCUCAGGAAACGUGUGGCUGAGGUGAAGACACGUGUCAGGCAGCUAUUGGCUCUCGUUCCCCGGCUGUUGAAGGGGAGAGAAGUUGGGGGAGUGAAGAGAGGAGGGGGAGAAGAGGGAGAUGGAAGAGGAGGGGGGGUGAAGGGAGGGGGGGGAGGAGAGGAGAGUGAGGAAGCAGGGAAGUUGGAGGGUGGGGUGAGCAUGGAGGUAAGUGGGUUGGCAGGGGAUGAGGCCAUGGGGGAGGGUGAUGGUGAUGGUGAGGGUGACAUGAUGCUGGGAGGGAAUCUCAUGAUGGGUGAAUUUUUCCUUGCAAAUAUUCUCAAUGCCACUAACGCUACAGCUGCUGCAAAUGCUACACUUGGUGCAAGUGUGGUAGCUGGAGCAAAUGUUACCCUGGGUGCGAAUGUUACCGCGGGUGCGAAUGUCACUGGGGGUGCGGGUGUUGCCAAGGGUGCUGCUGCUGAGGCGACCAGUGGCGCGAACAGCAGAGAAGCAAGAAUCGCCUCUUCUUUGCCUGCUGUGGCAGUGAUUGGUGCGAAUGCGACUUCUGAGGCGCCUCAGAAGUCUUCUUUGCCUGCAGUGACAAUCAGAGGGGUGCAAUCAGCAGAGAAGCGAGAAAAGAAGAUUCUCAGGCUGCAGUGGCUCUGGGAAUCCCCCCACUGA